AUCGUCCCCUCAGGAUAGUGUGUGUGACAGAAUGAACUAAAAACACAAUUUCUCUGGAGUGUUCCCAGUACGAGUUAAGAUUAUUUGACAUAUUCCUAAUAUUACCAGCGUGGAUGAUGAUGAUUCGUGUCUGACACCCCCGCCCCUUCCCUACUGUGUCAGACGGGUCUUCCUGCUCCAGUCGGCCGUCCUCUUUUUCUACGGCUCGGCCACGGCGGCGAUGCGGAACAAGGCCGCGGACAAGCCGUCAGUGCCGGUCCGUACUGCGUUUCAUGGUCGUGGGUGGUCGGCGUGGUGGAGCCGCUGGGCCGCGGGUGAUGGUGGCGUCUGCUGACGCUGGAUAGUCGACGCAGAGGCCGGCGGCGCGCUGGACUAAGCUGGCUGGAGCCCGGAGGUGAACCCGGAGCUCCGAGGCAAAUCUGGGCUUCUGCAGAAGAUUGUUUUGGGGUAUUUAGGGACGUGUUUGAAGAGGUUGUCCCGCCUGUAAGGGCUCAUUACUGGCUUUUGGUUCUUGAUGCCCCGGAGGCCCGGAGGAGCACAGAACACGGAGCCCCGCAGCAGGGCUUGUUCAGCGGGGAGGUAGAGGAGGUGUCCUCCGCACAGGCUCCGCCCACAUGAAUCCUCUCAAUCAGAUGAAGGCUGGACUGGCCAGCAACCCACACAGUGAGGGUUCGUUCCCCUAUGACCCCUCCAGCUGGCAGCAGCCCACCAAUCAGCCUACAGGGUCCCUCUCUGUGGUGACCACCGUGUGGGGGGUGACCAACCCCUCAGCCAGCCAGGGUCUGGGGGGAGGAGUGAUGGGGCCUGGGGCCAACCCAGCUGGGGGGCCCAUGAUGCAGGGCCCCGGGGGACCUGGCAUGGUGGGGGGUCCUGGGGGAUAUAUGGGCCAACAGAGCUAUGGUGAGCCCACCAAGGCCUACCUGAACCAGGGCGUAUACGGCCGGCCCAGUGGGGGCUAUGUUGGCGGGCCGGGAGCCUACGGGGGAAGCGGCUCCCAAGGCACGGCCGACUUCACACAGGCUGCCGCCGCCGCUGUGGCCGCCGCCGCCGCUACGGCGACCGCCACCGCCACAGCAACCGUAGCCGCCAUCCAGGAGAAACAAAACCAGGAAAUGAACUACGGUCAGAUGGGCGGUUCGGCCUAUAAUAACCAGUUCAUGGCCCACUCCGUCCCCCGUGGACCCCCCGCUGUGGCUCCUGGAGGCAUGGGACUUGGACCCGGCAGGGGUCCCGCCUCUAUGAGCCCCAUGUAUGGGCCCGGAGGAGGCACCCAGAGGGUCACUCAGCACCCAAACUAUGCUCCCGUGUCUCAGCAGGGUCAUUUGAGACCCCCACAGGGCCUGAAGCGGGCCUACAACUCUGAGGCCUUCCCCGGAAUGUCUCAGCACUACGGCGUUCCCGUUGGUUCGGGUCCUGGCGCCGCCGCCGGUUCCAUGUCAAUUUCAGGUGUGGGCGGUCCACCUGGGACCGGCCCUUACCCGCAGUACCACCCAGGGCCUGCCUCACAAAGGACAGGGUCCGCCCCCUCGUACCAGAUUCAUAAGAUGCCCCUGCCCCAGUACCCUCCAUCUGGCCCCCCCACCUCUCAGUACUACAAGCAAGAGCAGUUCAACGGCCAGACGGCAGGGGGCGCCGUCGGUGUUUACAACUCCUUUAAUCCGCCUUCUGGGCCGGGGCGAGGCUUGCCCUCUUAUCCCAGCUCUCCACUCCCCGGAAACCCGACUCCGCCCAUCACGCCCGGCAGCUCCAUGGCCCUGCCCUACAUGUCACCCGACACCGGUGACAUCAAACCCUCUUCCUUCCUGCCUGACGUCAAACCCAACAUGACUGGCUUGGCUCCUCCCCCUCCCACAGGUAACCCCAGCGACGAUCUGCGGCUGACCUUCCCCGUGCGUGAUGGCGUGGUCCUAGAGCCCUUCAGGUUGGAACACAACCUGGCAGUCAGCAACCACGUCUUCCAGCUCAAGGACUCCGUUUACAAAACACUGGUCUUGAGGCCGGACCUGGAGCUCCAGUUCAAGUGUUACCACCAUGAGGAUCGCCAGAUGAACACAAACUGGCCCGCCUCUGUGCAGGUGAGCGUCAACGCCAGCCCGCUCACCAUUGAGCGCGGGGACAACAAAACGUCCCACAAGCCCCUGUACCUGAAGCAGGUGUGCCAGCCCGGCAGGAACACCAUCCAGAUCACCGUCACCGCCUGCUGCUGCUCGCACCUGUUCGUGCUCCAGCUGGUCCAUCGGCCGUCGGUGCGCUCGGUGCUGCAGGGGCUGAUGAAGAAGAGGCUUUCGGCUGAGCACUGCAUUGCCAAGAUAAAAAGGAACUUCAGCAGCGGGUCCAUUCCCGGGACCCCCGGGCUCAACGGGGAGGACGGCGUGGAGCAGACGGCCAUCAGGGUCUUGCUCAAAUGUCCCAUCACCUUCCGCCGCAUCCAGCUGCCCGCCAGAGGCCACGACUGCAGACACGUACAGUGUUUUGACUUGGAGUCGUACCUGCAGCUCAACUGUGAGAGAGGAACAUGGCGGUGUCCUGUGUGCAAUAAGACAGCGCUGCUGGAGGGUCUGGAAGUGGACCAGUACAUGCUGGGAAUCCUCAUCUACGUUCAGAACUCCGACUACGAGGAGAUCACCAUUGACCCGGCGUGCAGUUGGAAGCCCGUUCCCGUCAAACCGGACCUUCACAUCAAGGAGGAGUCGGACGGCCCGGCGCUGAAACGCUGCCGGACGCUGAGUCCCAGUCACAUGGUGCUGCCCAGCGUCAUGGAGAUGAUUGUGUCUCUAGGCCCCACCCCUUCCUCCAUCUCCUCAACCACAGCUGCGGCCUCGCCGAUACAGUACCCUUCCCUACCGGCAGGGGGCGGCAGAAGCACACCAGACUUCUCUGGACCAGCACCAUCAUAUCCCGGGCAGCCUGCUGCUUUCUCCGACUUCAGCGGCGGCGGCGGCGGCCCUGGGACUCCAGGGGUCGGGGGGGAAUUCUCCUCCCCAGGUCCACCCCCCCUCUCCUACCAGUCAGAGUUGUCUAGUGUCCUCCUCACCCCCGACAAGCCCCCACCUCACCUACUGGCUGGACAGAUGUCGUCGUCGGGCGCUGCUCGCCUGGACCCCGCGUCUCACGGUGCUCUUCCUUUGCCUCAGCAGCAGCCGCAGGUUCUCCAUGGCAACCAGAUGAUGCAGCGUAGCAACCAGAACCCUCGCCUCCACGUUGACACCCCCUUCGUGUUGGGGUCAGGCGGGGAAGUUCCAGACCCUUCUCUUGACCUGCUUCCAGAGUUGACCAACCCAGACGAACUACUGUCCUACCUCGGACCCCCGGACCUCCCCAACAACAACAACGACGACCUGCUGUCCCUCUUUGAAAACAACUGAACUUCUUUCUUUUUGUUUACGUGAUGUUUUUGCGCUCGUUGUGUUUUGUUGUGUGAAAGCUGGAAAAAAAAGAAAAAAAACACCUCCUCUUGGCUUUUGACCUGUCCCUAAACGUCCUGAACUCCACAUGUCCAUGAAGGCAUUACCAGAAGCUUGUGGGUUUUUGUUCCAGGAUUUCCUGUGGUGGAGUUGAAAGGUUGGACACUGUUAACAUCUGUUAGCAUACAGCGGCCGCCUCCUCCACCACACCAAGAGCAUGCUGGGAUCCUCCUGCCUUUCAAAAUAAAAUGAUUGUGGGACAGCC